CACCCUUGAUCCCGAUAGCUGACUUUUAUCAAUAAUGCUGCAUGUUGGGCUUCUGACCCGGCUGCGGUGAGCAGCCGAGAAAUGAUGUCACCUCUUUACGGUCCAUUUGUCGUGUGUGACUGCUGCAGUCUGCCUCUUGCUGCUUGUGUCAGAGCGUGACACUGCCAAAUAAAUAGAGGUGUUUCUUCCCCCUGGCUCCCCACAUCAUCCCUGGGGCUGCAGCCUCCGCGAGGAUGCGAGUACUGGCGUGGAGUGGGACAGGAGCUGCUACGCUCCCAUGGAUGCUGCUGGUGGUGGUGGUGGUGAUGAUGUCGAUGUCCCAAGCAGCCAUCCUGGAAGUAAACGGAAACCUGAGCUGUAGGUGCGUAAAGACAACUUCAGACUACAUCAAUCCAAAGAGAUAUGACAGCAUUGAGAUAAGGCCUGUGGGAAGUGCCUGCGGGCGCACAGAAAUCAUUAUUAAACUGAAAUCUUCAGCAAAAGUGUGUGUGAACCCUGAUGCCCCUUGGGUAAAGAAACUGCUGAAGCGCAUUGCCGGCAUGAAGAAAAGAUAAGCUUCCCGCUAAGGAAGUUGGUGUUCUGAAGGCAUGGUGUGUUCUGUCUUGAGACCUCAAGUCAAAUAAAAUUUGGGUUUUUCUUCCCUCGUGUUUUCCCUUGAACUGAGUUUUGAAGAGACUCCAUGGAGCUUUGAUCAACCCCACUCUUGUAGCUUUCCUAGUGCUGAAAUUACUGCUUGCACCUGAUGCGCUGUGAUUGAUACCCUUUCAGAGAGGUGCUGCAGGAACUGCACGUUGCUUUGUGCACAGUGUUGUCACUGUAGGUCAAGAGUGUUAGGGGAUGGGGAUGCAGCCUUUCUGACAGAUUCAGCACAUACAGCCACAUUCACGUGCAGCUGUUGACAGUGUUUAUGGGAUCUGCAGGCAGCUGUAAGGUUUUUAUAAGAAGCAAAAGGCAAAUAGAGGCGUCCUGGGACUAGCGUGUGACUGUUUUACACAGGGUUGGGAUAAUCGGCCAUGGGGGAAGGAGCAAGGGCGAGUAUCCCAAAGCUGAGGACACUCUUUUCAGGGGGAGAGCGGCUUGUAGGCUGUGCAAUGAAGCAUUGCUUCGUUAUCUUAUAUCCCACCAAUUAUAAAUGUCCCUGAAGUAAA